GUUGGCUUUGGCUAGGCUAGGAGACUGGGCAUCUCGAAUAGCCCAUUGUAUUUCUUUCCUAAACAAGUCGUUUAUCAAUAAACACUUUCUUGAUAUCUUUCUUCAUCAAUUUCUUACUGAUUCUCUAUAAUUCUAAGUGGUAAUUACCAGUUAUCUACCAUUGGUAUCAAAUCACUAACUUCCUGGUGGCAGAGGACUUGAAUCGAUUGAGAACAUUAACUACCUGUAUGAUGGAAGAAGUCUAUACACCAAGCAUGGAGGAGAAGAUGGAUUCGCUGGAGAAUAGGAUGGAUUCGCUAGAGAAGAAGCAGACAUCCAUGAAGAAGACUUUAGCAGACAUGAUAAUAACGAUGCUGGAAAACAUGGACAGACAGCUAGAUGCGAUGAACGAACAAUUUCAGGGGAGAAGGCGAUCGCGUUCGUCAACAACGUCCUUCAGUUCGCAGAUGCAAACUAAUUCUCCCAGAGUAUCACCAAGUGCGCAGACCGUGUCGCAAUCGCGAACAGUUUUGUCUAGUUCACAAACCUCGUCGAGUGCGCAGGUUUCUUCUCAUUCGCGAGAAAAUCCUUCGACUUCUCUGGUUUCGCCAAGAACUGUUUCUCAUCACCGAUCGUCAUCGCAAACCGUUUCUCUCAGUCGUCCGCAGGUGUCCUCGUGUUUCUCGUGUUUCUCCUACUUCGCAGAUGCGAACGACUUCUCUCAGUUCGCAUACUGUAUCGCAAUCAGAAGUCUCCACUUUGCAGUCGCUAGCCAAGCAUCCGAGGGCGCAGGUUUAGUCGCAAACCGCCCCUCGCAGUUCAAAAUCUGCUACAUCGCCUCCUCCGGAUUAUGUGAGUCGACGGCCACUUCCUUCUAACGAAAUGAAUUUGAAGCAAUUUGACGAAAAUACAUCUAAGCUCAACAAAAGUGAAGAUGAACGCCAGGAAAAAUCAUCGGUUAUUCAGGUUUAUAUUCCUGAAAUUUGUUCUGUUGCAGGGUUGAUAAGAAAAUUUCCUAGUUCUUUUGCUUCUCUUACUCUCGUACAUAUGGAUGGAAAAAGCAAGGACAAUAGGAAACUAAAUCAGGUAAUAAAUGAGAGCAGUGAAUUCUUGUUCACCGAAGUUAUUCUUAGAAAAUAUAGAUGUAAAGUCAGGAAUUCUUUAGGAGUGCUUUCUGAGGAAGACAGAUGGUACAGGGAUAAAAAUUUGGCCUACGUUGGACAUUCAGUUCGAAAGAACAUAAGGGAUGCUAAUGAACAUAUGACUGUCGUGCUUCUAUCCUUGGACUCCUCAGAUAUGGGUCUGAAAGGGACCGAUAAUUUUGCUUUUGGUAGCAGUGUUGAAGAAAAGGUUGAUGAAAUAAAAGAGAUUGGUGCUGUUGACAAUUUUAAGAAUCAUGGUGAUGUUAUUGGCUUUAAUUCAGAAUACCAAUGGGGUGGAACCAAUGUGAAUCUGGAUUACACUAUCCAGGCUGCUGAAAUGAAUAUUCCCAAGAUAGAGUACCUUGUGGAAUUAUCUUUAAAACCACAAAUUUCUGUUUUCUGUGUUGCAGCAGAAUCUGAAAGAAUCAAGUUCCUGGAAAAGAUGUUGGAAGGAAAACCAAGGUUACAAGGAAAGAUGCUGAUGUUGGGAUGUUAUAACCUUUACAACAAUAAGGAGCAUUAUGCCACCAUGUUCUUGCUUCUGUUUCUUCCUGCUAUGAAGUACAUAUGGAAAAAGAUUCAAGUACCGAAGCUAAAAGUCCAGAAACCAGUCACGUAUUGGGAGGGGAGAGGAGCAAGAAUGAAGGGGAAGUGGAAGAUCAUGGCUGAUUCCUAUCACCCACCUUGAGGACAAGGUGGUUGUUUAGAGGGGGAGUAAUGAUAGGAAUGAGCCUAUUAUUGUAGAUAUUAAUAAAUGGGCUUGUACUAUAAAUAGAAAGGGAAGGGGAGGCAAAUAAGGGAGGCAAGUAUUCUGUUGGCUUUGGCUAGGCUAGGAGACUGGGCAUCUCGAAUAGCCCAUUGUAUUUCUUCCGUAAACAAGCCGUUCAUCAAUAAACACUUUCUUGAUAUCUUUCUUCAUCAA